AUGUCCGAUAACAUCAAUGCUACGUCCAGGCAAGAUAUGAUUACUUAUCUUACACAAGAGUACAAUGAAAAUCAAGCGACUAGAAAAUUAAUUGAUGAAUUCGAUCAAGAUUAUGAACGUAGUAGUUCAAUUCAUUGGUAUACAAAAGGUACAUUCCUAUAUCGUUUAUUGAAUGAAGCUCUCCGUGACUCUGAUUUUGAUGCGUUAUUUGCAUUACGAUCCUUUAUUGUUGAUCUUUAUAAACAAAUACUUCUGGAACAUGAACAAUUUCGCAAUAACAAUCUAACAAGUCGCUAUAAUUUUUCUCUGAAUGUUUACCGAGGACAAGCGAUUUCCAGAGAAGAAUUGAGCAUACUUCUUCAAAAGCAAGGCGAUUACUUUUCGAUGCAAAGCUUUCUCAGCACAAGUACGAAUUCUGAAGUCGCACAUGUAUAUUCAGGCGCAGGUACUGCUCAUACAGAUUUGAAUAAGGUAUGGAUUCUGUACGAGUUUAAAAUUGACACGCAUUUAAAUAAUACCAAACCUUAUGCUCGAAUUAGUCAUCUAAGUCAAUAUCAAGAUGGUGCAGUUUUUCGUAUUGACAGUAUACGAUUGGAUGAUGUGAAUCAACGUUGGCAUGCCCUAUUAAGUUUAUGCGACGAUGAACGUUUCGAUUUGUAUGGUAUAAUGCAACAAUAUGCAGCCGAAAUUAUUGUGGAUAGAGUUUCACCUGGUUUUUUACUUUAUCAACAAGGAGAUUAUGCUAAAGCUCGAGAAUAUUUUCAAAAAAUCUUAAACAUCACAUCUUUAGAGGACCGUGAGAAAGCUCAUUGUUAUCGUGGACUGGGCGCAGUAGCAGCAGAAGAAAACAAUUAUGACGAAGCAUACAAGAAUUUUACAGAAGAAUAUGAUAUAUGGCACAAACUCGACGACGAAGUAAAUCGUUUGGAAGUGUGUAAAAAUAUUGGAGACAUACUAUUUUAUAUGGGAAAAUUUAAAGAAGCAUUGGAAUAUCUUCCAACAACAUUUGCCUACUUUAAAUUAAAAGAUUAUGAGAUGGAAUAUGCUCGCAUCUGUGGUAUGAUUGGACAUAUUAUGGAUGUUAAUGAACAAUGA